AUGAGUUGCGAUUCGCCUUCGUCAGCUAAAAAAUUAAAUUUAGAGAAAGCUUCGAACUUUAUGAGGCAAUUCCGAGACCCCGAUUCGAGAGAGCUCAAGAAGUUGUCUGCUAACCAAUUUAUGGAAGUGUGGAGCCACUAUGAUGGCGAUGGUAACGGCUACAUCGAAGGAACGGAGUUGGAUGGUUUUUUAAGAGAGUUUGUUUCGAGUGCCAACUUCACAGACAUCAGCCCAGAUGUAAGUAAAUUAAUUAUU